GGUGUCAGUAAGAGCCAGAUCAGCAAGAUUCGCUCUGCCAACUGCCCUGGAGUCCACAAGUCCAAGGGCGGCCGUCCAUCACUCCUUUCCCCCAUCGACAUCCGCCACGCUACCCGCUUGGUUGAGACCGGCCAGGCCGAUACUGCCACUCAGGUCCAUGAUACCCUCAAGGACACCUUCCUGAGACGUGUCUCUGUCCAAACCAUCCGUCGGGCGCUGAAGCGGGCUGGGAUGCUGGCCGUGACGAAGAAGAAACGGCCGCAGCUUACCAAAAGGCAUCGGGAAAAGCGGUUCGCCUUUGCUUUAGCUCACAAAUACUGGACGGUGGAGGACUGGAAGAGGGUUGUCUGGUCAGAUGAGACCAAGAUCAACAGAGUAGGGUCAGAUGGGAGGAAAUGGGUGUGGAAGAAGCGGGGGGAGGGGCUCAGUGACCGCCUGGUAGAGGGAACACUCAAGCACGGUGGAGGGAGUUUGAUGUUCUGGGGCUGUUUUGGAUGGGAUGGGACAGGACACUCAUGCAAGAUCAUUGGGAAGAUGGAUUCCGACCUAUACGUGGAGAUCAUUGAGGACGAGCUACGCAAUUCCCUCUACCAUUGGGACUACAACGUCGAAAAUGUCAUUUUCCAGCAAGACAAUGACCCCAAGCACACCAGCAAAAAGGCCAAACGAUGCUUCAAGGAGAACAAGAUUCAAGUCCUGGAGUGGCCUGCACAGUCCCCAGACCUCAACCCCAUCGAGCAUCUCUGGGGUGUCCUCAAACGCAAGCUCGCCACCUACAAAACCCCGCCUACAUCGAUGGAGGAGCUGUGGACAAGGGUUCAGAAGGAGUGGGAGGCAAUUUCAGCAGAGGAGUGUCAGAAAUUGGUGGAGACUAUGCCUAACAGAGUUGCAGCCGUUUUGAAGGCCAAGGGGGGCUAUACCAAGUACUAG